AUGUCGGACUUUGAAAUACUCAGCAUCCCAACAGCGGGAGCCACUACGGGGGAAAGACUACUGUCUUUGAGAAACUUCCUCGAUCACCAUGUACCUUACAGAAACUGGCUGGCUAAUAGCUUCGUACUCCAGGACCGGAAGGCCGUAUUGAGCAAAAUGAAACAGACCGCCAAGUGGAUGAUCGUCUUGAACAUUCAAGAACCGCAACCAUUCAAUUGGAUGCAACUCAACAAUCACAAG